GACUAUCUCAACGUGAGUUUGUUUCGGUGGCACCGGGCUCGUCGCUUGAAUAUUGCUUCACUCAUUCAAACACACUGCAUUAGAGUUCAGCUCACCGAGUUUUGUCGACGGGGAGGAGUCGCGUGGCGUCCACUAACCCACACACGGACAUCUCGACUUCACAAACACCUUCCCCGGUCAUUUAGGACUAAUAAGGACAAAAGGACGGAGGAGUUCCACCGUGGGAGUGACGGAGCCGCAGACAAACGCUUGGCACUAAUCUCGGCCAAUGACUGACACAUAAAGCAAGGGAGAUACAUCUUAUAACUGGCUGGCGCUGAGAGCAGCCUGGGGACUGAGGCUUGGCUCUCGAAAAGAUUCAGCUCUGAAUGCUCGCAUAUCUCAGGUUUUAUUGUGUGCAUGCGUGUAGUUUUAAUGUAGCUAUCCAAACAAUAGGCAGUCUGAAGAGGGGACGUAGGAGCUUGUAAUACACGCUUUUCUCGUGUUUGCCAGCCAGACGGUGGGCAUAGCCGAAGUCCUGUUUUAUACUACUGGACACUUCUGAAGCGGUUUAAAUAAUUAGCUCUUUACCGAUCCACGUUGAAUAAUUAAACCCCUCGUUUUACUUAACAAUUAGCUUUCGGUUUCUCUCCAGGGACUGUAUGCGCUUGUUAGUCUAUUUUAGCUCCAUAUCACCACGGAUGAAGGACGAUAGAUGUGCUUUUUCCAGGGAAGAGCAGCUUUAUGUGUGACUUUAUAGUCUCUAAUGAUAUUGUUUAAGCACUGACAGAAGUUUUAAACCUCCUGCUUUAGUUUCUCUCGGCUCGGAGUGUUAUUGUCAUAAAGAUUAUGGCAGCCGUUGUGAAUUUUUCUCCUCCCUGGUGGGUUAACCUUCUUCACAGACUGCCUCACUUUAAUCUGCAAUUUGAACAAACCAGCAGUGAUUUUCGACCCGAGGACUCCUCAUACCAACAGUCUAUCCUGCUGCUGGGCAGUGUAGCUCUGGCAUGCUUGGCCUUGGACCUCCUCUUCCUCCUCAUCUACUCCUGCUGGCUGUGCUGCCGCCGUAAGAAGAGCGACGAGCAGCCAAACGCAGACUGCUGCUGCACCGCCUGGUGCGUCAUCAUUGCCACCCUCGUCUGCAGCGCUGGCAUUGCUGUUGGUUUCUACGGGAAUGGUGAAACCUGUGAUGGCGUGAAUCGGUUUACCUACUCCCUCCGCCAUGCUAAUCGCACCGUGUCAGGAGUGGACAGACUGGUGUCAGAAAGUACAUCAGCUCAGAGCCAGACUGUGGACGAGAACCUUCGGCUACUAAAGGACCAGUAUGCAAAGCACACUGAUUACCUGUCCAUCGUACACAAACUCCAGGAUCAGCGGAGUGAGCUGGUUCGUCAGAUGACUGGCAUUCCCUUUUGGAGCGAUCUCAGCAUCUCCCUGGAGGAUCUGGCAACCCAGAUUGAACUAUAUGACUGGUACAGGUGGCUGGGGUACCUGGGUCUGCUGCUGUUUGAUGUGCUCAUUUGCUUGCUGGUGCUCUUCGGCCUUAUCCGCAACUCCAAAGGAACUCUGAUUGGGGUGUGUUUUCUGGGUGUGUUGGCGCUGGUGAUCAGCUGGGGCACACUGGGUCUGGAACUGGCGGUCUCCUCGGGCUUCAGUGACUUCUGUGCAGCGCCUGACAUGUACAUGACAGAGGUGUCAGAGCAGUAUAUGCUUAUCAAGAAAGAUAUCCUGCAGUAUUACCUCACAUGUAACGUGGGUCAGGUCAACCCCUUCCAACAGAAGCUGUCAGGCAGUCACAAAGCACUGGUGGAAAUGCAGGACGAUGUGUCAGAACUACUGCGCUCUGCAGUCCGAGAAUACCCCACAACAAAGGGAAACCUUGAGCAAAUUCAGGGGGGUUUGAACACCACUGAAGUCGGACUGCACCAGCUCACUGCUCUUGUGGACUGCCGCAGUUUGCACAUGGAUUAUGUGCAGGCAUUGACUGGAGUGUGUUAUGAUGGACUGGAGGGUGUGAUCUAUCUGGUGCUGUUCUCAUUCAUCACAGCUCUCAUGUUCACCUCUGUCGUCUGCAGUGUGCCACACACAUGGCAUGGCAAAAGGCCUGAUGAGGACAGUGAGGAGGAGUCCAUGGCUCAAGGAGGCAGACAGAAUCAUGAUAACCUGUACCGGGUGCACAUGCCCAGUCUCUACAGCUGCGGCAGCAGCUACGGCAGCGAGACCAGCAUCCCUGCAGGAGCACACACUGUCAGCAACGCUCCUGUUACUGAGUACAUGACCCAGAAUGCAAACUUCCAGAACCCUCGCUGUGAGAACACUCCUCUGAUCGGGAGAGAAUCUCCUCCUCCGUCUUUGUAUUUGACAUCCACGGACAGUAACAGCCGUCACAGCUGGCAGUUAAAGCCAUCGGAGAGUUCCCGCUCGUUUUGGUAACAGCCUCGCUAUUCCAACAGUACACAUCCAGCAUGAGGGCCAAGUACCUGGCCAACUCCCGGCCCGACCCUGACAGCAGCACCUCAGCAAACUAGAGGAACACCGUCAUCUUUCCUUUCCGUCUAAAGUUCCCACUCACCCACAUGUUGUGCCCAAAGCCCAGACUGCUUUCACCCAUCCAGCCAUGUUGAUAUCUGAUGCGUGCUCUCCAACCCAGCUGAUAAAGGACGUCCUUGCAUCAUGUAAAUCCUGCUGUCAGAGCAAUGUUCCAGAGGCCUCUUGUGCUGUUUCCAGAUGGCCAGUUCAGUUCAGGCAGCUAGUAGGGUUACUCUCAGCCCUGAGUGUUUGUGUGUGAGCGUCUGCAAUGAGUAUGAACUUCAUUACAUAAAGAUACAUUGAGUGUCGUGUGUGCGUGCGUGUAUGUGUGUUGAACCAUGCUGCCUUUGGUCAGUUGUGGUGCUCUUGCCAGAGGUUCAGAAAAGGUCCAAAACUGAAGAACUGGACUGGGUUUAACAGUAACCCUACAUUUGUGCGUAGCCUCUGUCCUCUGGUCAUUUGAAGUAAUGUGACCUUCUCCAUUUGCAGGACCUACUGCCACAUCCCGACUCUACCGUUUACAUCAGUGGCAUCUACUGUAAUAUUACUGAACCAAUCUAAUCUGAACAGCAUGAGAGCAAUGAAAGUUUUCCCAGAAUUCAGUAAUUGGAAUCCACUUGUUGAGGUCAGCAAUUGAGUAUCAGUAUCAGUUGUGGUGAUUUAUGGAAGUGAGUGUACUUGAUUAUGUUCGCUAUAGUUUCAGACACCAAAAAGUGCACUAUAUUUCAGACACAGCCCAAGUUUCUCUUCAAAAAGUUGCUUUUUCGUGACUCCAGUGGACCUUAAAAAUAAAAAUUUGGCCAUGGAAGUUUAUGGACAUUGCUUGCUUUAGCAAACCUGUUGCUUUAUGGAUUCCGGUGUAAUGCAUGAAAUCAAGCCAGAGUUAGCGCAGCUAGCUUUUGCAUUUUUGUACUUGUGUAUAGUGUUUCAGUACUAAAUCUGUAGCAUAUGCUGGUUGUGAGAAGUUAUUUUUGCAUUUUUCAUCUCAUUUGCAGACUUGAGUUUUCAGUUAGUGUUUUCUUGUUGGGUUCUUAUCAAUACACAUGGACUGAAUUAAACCAACUACUCAUUUAACUGGGCUUCAUCCACUGCCAUGACUGGAAAACUUGGAUAAGCAGAUCUGGACAAACCAGCCUAACAAAGAGGAUGUUGAGGAAACCUUAUCAGAUUAUUGACCAAACGCUGAUGAUCUGGACAACCUCAAACUGCUUUUAUAUCCAAGUACUUUCAGUCUGACUUCAACAGAACUCUUAAAAUUGCUCAUGCUGGGAUCACAUCUGAACAUUACAUUUGUCCUAAUACUGUACAAACAUGGAGACACUGGGACCAGAUUGGACAGUUUGUCAUCUCUUAUCUGUUCUAGGAAAGAAGCUGGGAGAAGUUCAUUGUAGUGUACACAGUGUAAACCUUGAUUUUGCUGAUCGGUUUAGUCCUAAGGACAGGGGACACCAAUAUGGCAGGAAGUAAAGUCAUCAAUGUCCUGUCUUUUUUUGUUUUUUUUGUUUUUUUUCAUUCAAAGAAAUGGAGGAAUGUCACAAGCCUCUGUAAAUUUUGCUGUAAUUCAGUGACUUUCAAAGCCCGCAAUUUCCUGGGCUAGUUGCUUCUGUA